ACAGCUCAAACGUUCAGCUCUGAACCACACUGCAUCAUACUGCAGAGAAUUAUAUCACAGCUGAAGGGAACAUCUAAAUGGGAACCUGACUGAACAUCAGACUCUUCAUAUGGGUAUGGAAAACCUCAACUCCACCCACUUCCCCACCAACCAAUCAGACUUCAAUAGCACCUUCACCCGCCAGGUGCUCCCUCCGCUCUAUUUUGUGACCUGCAUCGUGGGCAUCUGCCUGAAUGGUGUGGCAGCAUGGAUCUUCUUCAGAGUGCCGAGUGACUCAGGUCUCGUGGUCUACCUGAAGAACAUGGUAGUGGCCGACCUCCUCAUGCUGUCCACUUUCCCCUUCAGGCUGGCGGCUCAGCUGGGUCUGGGCGGCUGGCGCAUCCAUGUCAUCAUUUGCCGCUACACCGCCGUGCUCUUCUACUCCUCCAUGUACGUGGGGAUCCUCUUCAUGGGUCUCAUCAGCCUCGAGCGCUACGUCAAGAUCGUCCGACACACCUCCUCCUCCACCUGCAGGUCCAGGUUAGGCGGGAUGUCUGCGCUGCACCUCCUGCAGAGUGUCGGCUUCGCCCGGGUGCUGGCUUUCUUCACCUGGAGCCUGCUCCUCCUCUGCGUCCUGCCCAACGUCCUGCUGACCAGCCAGUUGGCAACUGAGGUGAACUCUCGACACUGCAUGGAGUUGAAGACACCUCUGGGUGUGCAGUGGCACCGGGUAUCUACCCUCUUCAGUGUGUCCCUGUUCUGGGUUACGUUGCUGGUCCUCGCCUUCUGCUACGCCUCCAUCGUCCACAGGGUUUACCAGUCAUACCGCCGUGUGCGCCGCAAUAGCAGUGAAGCCUGCCGCAAGUCCAACCGCAGCAUCUUCAGCAUCCUGGCGGUGUUCUUCAUCUGCUUUGUGCCGUAUCACAUCUGCCGCGUGCCGUACACGCUGAGCCAGAUGCCUGACUCGGGCUUCAGCCAUGACACCCGGUUCCUGCUGUUCCAGCUAAAGGAGGGGACGCUCUUCCUGUCGGCGCUCAACGUAUGCCUCGACCCCGUCAUCUACGUCCUGAUGUGCCGGAACUUCAGAGAGUCGCUACUGAGGAAACUGUCAGGGAGGGAGAGGAGGAGGUCCUUGACCACCGCCCAGAGUCUGAGUAACAUUUAGGAGGAGAGGAGACAAAGCAAGGACAGGAGACAAGAAGAGGACACAAGGAAAGGAAGCAAAGAGAGGAGGAGAGGAGAAGAGGAAACAAGAGAGCAGGGGAUCGAUCAUUGACAAAACAGUCUAAACGGUUUAACAGCUUUCAAAUGUCACACAAUCUACAUCACCACAUUGAAUCAUUUAAGUGGUCUAAGAGGUUAUUUGAGAUUGUUUUGUCCACCAGACCUGAAUCACACUGUGGUGUAGAAAAAAUUAACAAAAAAGAUAGAAAAAAGGAAAUUGGUAAUGAAGGUACCAUCUAUGUCUGUUUCUCUUGAAGUAAAUCAAAUCUAUAUUUUGACUCACAGAUUCCAAAGACAAUAUAACAUUUUGAUUAAGUAUCAGGUCUCCAUGAGUGAAACUAAAUGUCAUUUUAAGAAGGGUUAGUGCAGCAACAAUGCAACAAUUUACAUGUACAUGUAAUAAUGUAAUACUCUGAUAGCAAUGUGUAUACAUUCAGAAUUAUGUAUACAUAAUGGUAAUUAUUGAAAUAACAGUAAACUGUAUAUUAUGAAAUGAGAUUUAUAUAAAAUGUCUGAUUCACAUAGUUUCAUUUUUGUUUUAUUUAUUAUUAAAGAAAGAAAAGGAAAGGAAUAGAAAAGAAAGGAAAGGAGGAAGCCACAUUGUGAUUUUUGCUGUUAUGGAAGUGAAACUGGACUCUGAUGAAUGGGCAUCAAACCUGUGGCACCAGACUCUGUUGUGGUGUCCAGUUCUCUUCCAGCAUCAUGUUACUGUGACUGAUUCACUUUUCAGUAAAUUCAGCUGAUUUGGUGUUAGUGGCUCUGAGGUCACAUGAGCUUCUCCUCUCUCUGGAGCUUCAGAUGACUGUAAUGUUUAUACUUUUGAACUGAGGGUGUGUUUGGACUGAAUAUGUUCCUCCAACCACCCAAAAACGUGAAAAUCAUGAAUUAUGUUAAAACUCAUAGGAUGUCCAAUGCCAGAUUCAAUUAGUGUGGAUUCAUCAAAUAAAACAUUCGUGCCGUGAAACAAUACAUGUUGUGUCUUUCCAGCUGGUGCAGAGUAAGCUGAAAUCAGACACUCCCUUGAGAACAUUUUAUUUUUAUCUUCUUUUAAAAUAUGUAUAUUUUGAAUAUCAAUAUACUAUGUAAAAGAGAAAUAUGCUUAAGUGAACACAUUUAAAAGGUUGAACCUUGUAAAGCGCCAGUUAAUUUCAAAUUGUUGGGCUUGGACAAAAGAGAGAUGUGUUUAAAAACAUUAUUUCAACUUCAUUAUCGUUGAUAUUUAAAUUGCUAACAUAAAACUCCUGUUACAUACAAAAGCAAGUGGAUAAUUUAAAUGAUGUAACAUCAGCACAGAUGCUUAGCCUAUGCUAUUGAAGAAUUAAAGCUAACAAGCUAGUGUUACAGCAAGCUAGUGAUAAUGUUAUUAUUGUAAACUCAGCUAUUUAGCAUUUUUAAAUGAUGAUAAUACAUUUUGUGGCAUUACAAGGGGGCAGGUAGUAGAGGGACGCUACAUCUCCAUACAGGAGCAGCUGCUAGAUCACAAAAUGGCUGCCGUGGCACACACUCCAACUUCCAGAGUGCCUCACCGCUCAGACAGGUGCAGGUGCUUAAGCCACCUGAUUGCAGCACUGAGAAAUAUGUGGAGUAGAUCAAAGAGGGCAGGGAGGACAGAGAGCACAAGGCUGGAAGGAGCAGGAUUGAAGCCACACCAGAAAGGACUGUGAAAGGACCCACCUUUAAAGGAAAGUGGACAUUUUAUGUUGGACUUUAUGUUGAAAUUGCCCUUCUCUCUGUUGGGACCUUUUAAGUUGAGUCACAGGCCUUGAUUUUGAGUGGGAGAACAUACCUGAGUUACCUUUCUGUUAACCUGCUGGUUGGAAAAUAAAAAUUCCCCUUGCUUUGA